CUCCAUUUAGGCUUAAAUGUUUGUCUGGUCUUUGAUUUAAAUACAGAAAAAACGAAUAUUUGUUCGAUGUCUGGUUGAUACAGAGAUGAGCGGUGAGAACGUGAAGCUGUUUGUGGGGAACCUUCCUUUAGAUGCUACUCAAGAUGAACUAAAUAAGCUUUUCGCUCCUUAUGGAGAAAUCGACACAUGUUCUUUGCUCAGACAGUAUGCGUUCGUGACCCUGAAAGGGGAGGGCGCAGCAGACAGGGCCAUACGGCAUCUGGAUGGCAAAGAGUACCGAGGCAGGCCACUAGUUGUUGAAGAGUCGCGUGCCCGCCCGCCUAAUUCCAUUAAAGUGUUUGUAGGAAACAUCAGCGCGACAUGUUCAGCAGAUGACCUCCAUGGGCUUUUCUCAACCUUUGGAAGAGUUUUAGACUGUGAUAAAGUCAAAGGUAAAGCAAGAUUAUGCUCAAAUGUUGGGUAUGCAUUCGUGCAUAUGGAGAGGAAGGAGGAGGCCCUGGCAGCUAUCGAAGCUCUCAACGGGACCAUGUUCAAGGGCCGUCAGCUGGCUGUGGAGCUUUCCAAAGCGCAACCUUUGAUCAAUCAGAUUCCAGGGGGCGGAGAUUCAUCUGCAGGCGGAGGUGGCAGAGAGGGUCUUCUUCCACGUCCUCCUCCGUCACUUGAACAUCACCAGAGUCAAGCAGCUGUGCUAGCUGCUGCCGCCGCUGCAGCCGCUGGCCUGCCCAUACAAGUUCAACAAAGUGUCCAUAACUCAUUUUACAACACAACAACCUUUGACCCCACCUACGCUGCUCUCAAAGGCCUUACCAGUUCUAAGGGGGCAGAUGGGGUGAUAUACGGUGCUCUUGCCAGCCAGGUGUAUGGAUCUGUUGCUGACCAGGUCUACCAAGAACUGGCCCAUCACAAUCCUGUGGCUGAAGAGGCAGAGCAACCUGCUGUUCCAGAUCCCACAACGCUCUUCGAAGCAGCAAGAGCCAAGUUCUUUCAGGAAGGACAGAAGGUUCUGGCAGAGCAGCAGGCAGGAAGAAAAGCAGCAGCAGCAGCUGCUACAUCAGAAAACGAACGAGAUCGCAGUCCAAUCAGAGGAAACCGGGCCCCUCUUCUUCCUGACCCGGUUCCUGGUUCCUUUGCUCAGAUACGCCCCAAACGACGCACGCUUCUGCCAACACCACCUGGAGUCUCUGAAGAUGCAGCACCUGCCACCACUACGUCUGAAGGGGCGGAUCCUGUUGCUAGGUCAUACUCAGAAUACUACCAGCAAAUGCAUCAGUACCAACAGUAUCAGCAGUAUCAGCAACAGUACCAGUACCUCCAAUACGCUUACACCAAUCCUCCGCCACCACCGCCUCCUCCACCGGGCAGCGCUCAGACACAAGCCCCUCCCACCACCACCCCUGCACCGCCAGGGACUUACACAGCACCGCCAACUUAUGCUUCAACAGACGCCUAUGGAGCCCCAGGAGCAUAUGCCGCUUCAGGAGGUUACGAUGCGUCGUCGGGGACCUACGACACUUCAUCUGGGAAUUACAAUGCUUCUUCAGGAAGCUACGACGCCUCAGCAGGAUAUGACACGUCUGGAGGCUACGGUGCAUCGGGAGCAUAUGAUUCAUCUGGAGCUUACCCAGCAACGGCAAACUACUCCACAUCCACACCGUAUGAGCAGACACCCGCACACGGGCAACCCACGCCCCAGCGUCACGAUUACCCUUACCACACGCCAGAACCCCCUUACCGAUAGUCCCACCCCUCCCCAACACACUCCAUACACACUGCCAAUGUGUGUGCUUACGUAUAUGUAUUUACAUGAGGGACAGUUUAAAAGAAAACUUGAACAGGAAGCCAGGUUGUAUUCGAAUGUGCUUUGCAUUUUAAGCAUCGUUUCUUUCUUGGCUAAAUGUUUUUCCCAUGAUCGACCAGUUAGCAAGAAGAUCUUUAAACACGUGGAGAUAAUUUGGCAAUAUUGGUCAGCUUUCAAAGUUUCUUUUAGAUGUUGUGGCAGAACUGGUUCCUAGUUGACUGUUGCCGGGGACAAGGUUAGGUUGGAGGACGAAUUUAGCAUUUUUACUUUGUUGCUGGAUCAAGGCCCCUUUUAUACUUUUCAUAGUUUCUUUUCCACAGAUUUGUUUUGCUUAAAUGUUACUCUGUGGUUUCCUUAGGGGAUCCAGAAUGUUGCAUUUUUCCUCAAUUACUUUGCCCAACAAUUUAUUAAAUUGCCAGGGGAAGCUAAAAUUAAAAAAAAAUUAGUUGGUCAACAACAAUCAACAAAAUGUCAAAUAUUCUCUGAAUACCAGUCCAAAACUGUACAAAAAAUGGUUUCUAACAGUCUCUAAAGAUUUAUUGUCAGGGUUUAUUCCAGAAAACUGUUGUAGUGUUGUGAGAUUGGUGGGUGACCUGAGCUCAAACCUUUGUUUUGCAAUCCUUGGAUUAACUGAGUUUUAAGGUGUUCUUUUUCUGUUUAUUCAGAUAAGAGAAAUACUUCUGAGUAGUAUUUCCAAAUCAAAGUCAGUCAGGGGGUUUGUCCUGUGACUUAAAGGUCACAGGACAAAAGCUAACAUUUUUUCACCCAAAGUUAUUAAAUACAUUAAAACUUAUAAUCCCCAUUUGCAGUCCAUAAAUCAACCAAUGGCAUCUACUUUAAUGCCCUAGGUCAGCUGAAUAAAAAUAAAAUGAUUAGGGAUUGUGCUUUAGUGUUUUUAAUGAGUACAUUUUUUGUAUCUUCAUAACUACUACCUCUGUCAGAUCCCUGGAGCACAAAUUUUCUCCUUUGUGUUGUACAUCUUAGAAUAAAAAAUGUGAAUCGGCAGGUCAGAACGUAUAUAAUAAAAUUGGUGUUGAAUAUGAAAAGCUUGAUGUUUUUCUAGCUGCAAAUAAUAGGAAUUAAAUGGUUUGAGAGGUAAAUCUGACUUUUUGUUUUUGUUAUUUUACAGAGAGAAAUCAAGGUGAUAGAGCUCACCAUGAAGCUUUAUGAAGAAAAGGUUUUGGCUGAUGACAAUUAGCUUCUGAGUUUUGCUUAAUGAGCAUUCAUUUAAAAAGUGCUGAUAUAUUUUGGCUUAGCCCGCUGUUAGUUUGAUGUUGCACAGAAGGACUUGUUUGGACUGAAGUGGUUGCGUAUCAAUCAGAUCCCAUCAGCUGUCCCAGUAUCAAAAAGGGAUUUGUGAAAAUUAAAAAUUGAGUGAAACUUUGAAUAGGUUGGUUAAUUUGAACUUGUUUUCCUAAGGUGUUUACUUAUUUUCCUUAUAUAAGACUGAUGUUUGGUAGUAAUAAAAACAAGAGAUUGAAUUUCAUUGCGAGUUAGAUAACACUUUAGAAAUGGGAAGCUGCUUAUUUUUGCUCCUUGGCUGACCUUGUAACUUCACAGUUUUGAUCAUUUGAGUGUUUUGGGCAGAAAAUGGUGCCAUCUGCCAGACGAUGCUUCACUUUGUCCCUCAUUUUGUGUCCACCAAAAGAGGGCACUUGCACCCACUUUGACAAUUUUUUUUUAAUGUAAAUUUCAAAAUUCUGCUAAGGAAAUGUGUUUAUUACAUGACUUCAUUAAAAAUAAUCUACCAGAAGCCACUUAAUUAUUUUGGUUUCAUCAAGGGUCAUUUAAAUAAUGAAUUGGUCAAACUGCAGACCAGAACCAAAAAUAAAUAGCUAUGUGUUGUAACACACAGUUUUUAGAUAUUAACAUGCAGUUUAAUUCAAGCAUAUUUUGACUAUCACAAUGUACUUGAAAAGUGGGGAAUGAAUUGAUCUUUUGAUUGGUUAAUUAUUUUUCUUCACCAGACCAUUUACUUGUACAAUAGGGGUCUGGUAUUUUAGCUAUUAAAGCAUCAAAUCAGAAUCUUUGGAUUCCAUUAAUUCAUUUUCAUUCUUUGGUAAAAAUAAAUUAAAUACAUUUACAUCAUUGCAUAAUUUUAGACUGUUGUUUGAUAAACUUUUUUGUUGUGUACAUAUUUGAAUUUGCAAAAGCCAGGAGUAACAUCAUUGAGCAAACAUAGUGAUUUAAAAUUUCUAUUAGUAGCUGUUUUUUCCUUUUUUCUCUCCUGUUGUCAGGUUCCCCUCCAUUAUAGAAAACAUCAGAGCUAUAAGGGAAAUGUAAACUUUGGUACGUAUGUAUUGUACUGGUUUGAAGUUGAGAUUGCAAAAAUAGUUUACUACAGUCAUCUUUUGAGAGAGAUGUAGGAUUAUUUCUUCCGUUAUAUCUUGUGGUUUUAUUUGGAUGUUGACCAGAUGGAAAUGGAAAUGAGGUGAUGGAGAAGUUGUUUGCUCCAGCGGCAGUGUGAAGGGCAGAUAAUGUUUUUUUUCUCGGCUGUUUUCACCAGAGCACACCUUUUUAUUUGAAGUCAAAACAAGGAUUUGUUUUAUUCUGGAAUCCCUAUCACAGUUAAAUAACAGCUUAACUCAAAAUGGAAUUUUUUUUUCUUUGACGCAUCAAAAACAGACCAAACAUGCUAAUUUACUGUCGUUUCACAGCAUCCAUCUCGUUUUUCAUGGGACACCUGAACUGACAGUUUUAGGUUCAAAUGACACAUAGCAACUCAACAUUUCCACAUUAUUCCACCUUCUCCAUGUGAACUGUUAGUUGCAUGCAUUGUUGUUGCUGCUGCUCCAGCCACCUUCUUCCUCUUGCUGAUUAUUGCAGCUAGAGUGGGAGGGAGCCAAACUGAGCCCUUGCCCUGGACGUACGCCGCACGCAGCUGUAGAGUGGGAUGGGGGAAACAGCAGCGUUAGGCCUGAAACUGCUGUGGACGAUGGGGGUGUCCCCCCACUAAAGGUAAACACUCAGACCACACACUCCUGCCCCGGCCCGAAACACGUGAACACACUCACAAGCACAUAUUUCUUGACUUAACAGCAUCAGCUAUGUCCAUGCUCACUAUUCCUUUUUUCCUGUUUUUGGGAUUUUAAUUUGUCAGGAUACCUGGAAAAAUUUCCCCUGUCUUUUUUUUUUUUUUUUCUUGAUUUUUUUUUUUUUUUAAUGGGAGAGAAUCUUUUUUUUUUCUCCUCUGGUUUUCCGGCUUAGAUUUCUUCAAGCAUACUGAGCGAUACAUUCCUGUUUCUGACUUGAAAAGUCACAUAAUUCUUUGAGGACAUUUAUACCACCUUUAUAUUUAAUCUGACCGUUUUGAGCUGCCAUUUUGUUUUUACUGCUACCUGCCACUUAAAGAAUACCAAAACCAGAUUUGGGACAUUUCAGUGGGAUGGAAUGUUUUAGGUUUUAUAAAUGUGACCCGGCGGCCACUUUGGGGUUAAGUGCCUUGAUGAAGAGCCCUCCAUUUCAGAGUUGAAUAACCUGGCUCAGGAUCGGUUGCUGGUUCGACGCUAGACUCCCCGUCUCCUAAAAACAGUUUUUUUGAUGCCACUUUCAACUUGUAAGAAUGACAAUGAACACGAAUUCUACCAUGUUGUUUUAAAUUACAUUUUGUCCUUUUUGUUCUUUGAAAUGUUUCAUUAUCAAUAAAUGAAUUCC